UAGGAGAUAUUCAAACAUUGUCUCUUUACAUGUAUACUUACUACACUGUCAAAAUGAUGUCUACUUUGAUUGCUGUUCUUGUUCUUAUUUCUUGCUCCCAAAGUGCAGUUUUGAGAGGAAUUGAUUCAUUUUCAGACGAAAAUGUUGAUGUAAUUUCACCAGCAGGUGAGAAAAGAGGGUUGAAUUCUUUUUCGGAUGAAAAUGUUGAUGUAGCUUCGCCUCUGGGCGUGAAAAGGGGGGUGAAUUCUUUUUCUGAUGAAAAUAUUGAUGUAGCUUCAUCUUUUGUGAAAAGGGGAGUCAACUCUUUUUCGGAUGAAAAUGUGGACUUAGUUUCACAAGUUGGAGUGAAAAGAGGACUGAAAUCUUUUUCGGAUGAAAAUGUUGAUGUAGCAUCACAUGCUGGAUUGAAAAGGGGAGUGAACUCUUUUUCUGAUGAAAAUGUCGAUGUAGCCUCACCUCUUGGAGUUAAAAGGGGAGUGAAUUCCUUUUCGGAUGAAAAUGUUGAUAUAGCUUCAUCAGUUGUGAAAAGGGGAGUGAACUCUUUUUCGGAUGAAAAUGUAGACCUAGUUUCACAAGUUGGGUUGAAAAGGGGACUGAAUUCUUUUUCGGAUGAAAAUGUUGAUGUGGCUUCAUCAGUGGUAAAAAGAGGACUGAAUUCAUUUUCGGAUGAAAAUGUUGAUGUAGCAUCACAUGCUGGAGUUAAAAGGGGAGUGAAUUCCUUUUCGGAUGAAAAUGUUGAUAUAGCUUCAUCAGUUGUGAAAAGGGGAGUGAACUCUUUUUCGGAUGAAAAUGUGGACGUAGUUUCAUCUGUUGUGCAAAGAGGACUGAAUUCUUUUUCGGAUGAAAAUGUUGAUGUAGCAUCACAUGCUGGAUUGAAAAGGGGAAUGAACUCUUUUUCUGAUGAAAAUAUCGAUGUAGCUUCCUCUGUUGGAGUGAGGAGAGGGGUGAACUCAUUUUCAGAUGAAAAUGUGGAUGUUGCUUCAAAUAUUUAAAUCUAGACAACAUUCCAGUGAAAAUGGAAACUUCUGAUGAUAUAUGUUUUAAGUAUUUUUGCCACGAGCUGAACAAACAAUAAACAUUUUUUUAAUGAAA